AUGAAUUUCCUCGGCAAUGUAGUAGGUGACCAUCAAAGGAACAAACAACUCGCUGUUAAUUGGAAGACGAUUCUUUUUUGGAACGAGGAACACACUGGAAAUAAAACGUUCGAAAUUGGGACUGGAAAAGACAUUUUCCUGAAAGCCGGAUGCCCCGUUUGGCAGUGUGAAGCAACCACAAAUCGUACCCUUUUACCUGAUGAGAGUUACGAUGCUGUAGUUUUCAAUCAGCGGAAGUGGGAUCCCUUGGAUCUUCCAGCUAAACGAUCACCCCACCAACGUUACAUUUUCUGGAGCAGGGAAUCGCCCGGCUGGCGGUACGUUAACACCAACUCCAUGACCGAAUUUUUCAAUUGGACGAUGACCUACCGCUGGGAUUCGGAUAUCAUUUACCCAUAUGGAUGGAUAACUUUGACGGAUCCUACUAUUGUUACAAAGCUGACGGAUACUGAAGGUUUUCAGCAACUAAUCGCUGAAACCCAACUGAAUACCGUUAACUCCGCAACUGCAAAAACGAAAAAGGUUGCUUGGUUCGUCUCCAACUGCAAAUCUCUUAGCGCUCGGAACGAAUACGUUGAUCGACUGAAAACGUUGAUCGACGUCGAUAUUUACGGGCAGUGCGGAACAAUGCGCUGUUCUCGAACAGAUUCUGAGUUGUGUCACGAAAUGUUGGAGCGCGAUUAUAAAUUCUAUCUGUCAUUAGAAAACACUUUGUGCGAGGAUUACGUUACGGAAAAGUUUUUUGAUCAAAUGCGAUAUCACAUUGUUCCAAUUGUUUUCGACCUCCACGGUCAUCACGCACGUAUGGCUCCUCCACAUUCUUACAUCAACGCUGCUGAUUAUCAAUCGGUGAGGGACUUGGCCGAUUAUCUGAACCUGCUGGAUGGAAAUGACACGCUUUACAACCAAUACUUUUGGUGGAAAAAACAUUAUGUUACUCACGAUAGCACUGAAGCCGCAAAACACAGCAUGUGUGAGCUUUGCCGUAUGCUUCACGAUCCCACCAAGCCUGAAAAAAUUUACAAAGACAUGAAGAAUUGGUGGGACAACCAGGCAACUUGCCAAACGAUUACAUUUUCCGACGGGGAUGGGAUUACUAAAGAGUCCUAUGCUGAGCACACUUGGGAAGCCAAACCCAUGUUAAUCAGGUGGUUCGGUUAA